AUGAGGAAGAAAGGUGGUGGUGAUACGGAUACAACUAUGUUUCCACCAACAGACGGUCCAACAAUUCUCAUUGUGGAGGAAGAGGAGCCGGUUGUAGUAAGGGACGACAGCAGCAUUGAUGAAGCAGCUACAAGUGUCGAGCGUCAGAAGCCGGGUUGUCCGAAGAGAAAGUCGAAGAGGCCGUCGCAUUUGCAGGAUUAUCUUGUUGGAUAUUGUGCUGAAAGAUCCAAGCAUGCCCUCAUUUUUUAUUUCAUGCCAAAUGGUUCCCUUGACAUGUACAUCUUCAAUCGAGAAAAGGCACUUUCCUUGGAUUGGGAUACGAAAUUUAAGAUUGCAGUUCAAGUGGCUCGAGGGAUUGAGUAUUUGCAUAGUGGUUGUGACAUCCAAAUCUUGCAUUUUGACAUCAAACCUCACAAUAUACUUCUUGAUGAUAAGUUCGUCCCAAAAAUAUUAAAUUUCGGGCUAGCAAAAUUAUGCGCCACAAACAAGGAGGCAGAGACAUUGACGGCUGCUAAAGGAACCAUAGGGUACAUUGCUCCUGAACUUAUCAAUAGGAGUAUUGGCGCAGUGUCUUACAAAGCUGAUGUAUAUAGUUUUGGAAUGUUAUUGAUGGAAAUGGUGGGAUUAAACAAAGACUUGACGCAAAACAAUGAUGAAUCUAGUAAGUAUUUCCCACUCUGGAUAUACGACCACUUGAGCAAAGAUAGGGACAUUGACAUUGGAAAUGUUGAUGAAAAUGACGAUAGAAACAUUAGUCGGAAGAUGACCAUUGUUGCGUUAUGGUGCAUACAAAUGAUUCCGGGCAAUCGUCCAUCAAUGAAUAAAGUGUUGGAGAUGUUAGAAGGUGAUGUCGAACAUAUGCAGGUGAUGUCGAACAUAUGCAGAAAUCUCAAGUAUCAACUGAUCAAUGGUUGUGAUACGAUGAUCACCGAGAACCCCGACAAAGUGACGACGGAAGAGAUAUCGCAUGAGACAAGCCGUGAGGAAGAAGAGGAAGAGCUCGAUGAAGAAGAAGAAAGCGCAAAGGAAGAUCUCGAAGAGGAAGCAAUCGUCGAACAGAAGGAGGAGCUCCGACGACCAACGAGGAAAGGGCAAUCACGCUCCAGUCACCACAUCGACCUUUCUCCCUUACGUGCCGCCAGACACCUCGUGCGUGGCGACCCGCGGCAUCUCAUAGCCGCUUGCGUGGGGAUCAGACAGGUUGCAGACUGGGUAUGGAAUUACUGCUCCAAUCACGAGUUCGCCUCGUGGUAUGAAUUUCUGGAGGAUGUCCGUCACCUAUUUGAUCCUACAUGCUACCAAAGCUUCUUCGGCCGCCUCACCAAACUCACACAGACAGGUAGGGUUUUGGAAUACCAAUCUGCUUUUGAAUCCUUGUAG